AUGUGGGUUGGAAUGUUCAGGGAAUGUCCAGAUGAAGCUUUCUCAGAAAUUCAUUCUCAGAAUCAACUCAUUCAAGGGCAUCAUCAAGCUAUAAACAAUCCUGCCCCACACCUUCAGGAUAACAGGCCCAUUGAUCUUGAUCAAGAAUUGGAUGCGGUGAUUCAAAUCUUGAACAACGAUAUCGUAUUCAAAUCUAUAGCAAAUGAAACAACGGAUUUGGAAAGUGCACUUACGAAGCAGAUCGCAAACAAUGCUGUGGAGGAGUUAAAGAAGCUUUGUACUACGGACGAGCCAUUCUGGUUGAAGGAUGUGAAUGAGGGGAAGUUCAUUUUUCAACAUGAUUCCUAUCAGAGGAUACUCGAUAAGAGAUAUUGCUUAACAGGACCUAAUGCAAGGGUAGAGUGCUCAAGAGAUUCAAGAUUAGUGAACAUGAACGUUGAACAACUUGUUGACAUGUUUUUGGAUACGGGCAAAUGGUCUGAUCUGUUUCCGACAAUUGUUAAGAAAGCACAAACACUCAGCAGUUUGUCAAGAGAUCGAAAUGGAGCUUUGAUGUUGAUUAGUGCAGAAAUGCACAUUGUUUCUCCUUCGGUUCCAACUCCAGAAUUCCUCUUGGUUCGUUGUUGUAGACAAUUUGAAGAUGGUGCAUGGGUGAUAGGGGAUGUGUCAAUUAAUUCCUCGAAAUACAAAACCAGUGUUCAUACUUGUCUUUGGAGACGACCUUCUGGCUGCCUCAUUCGAGAAAUUAAUCAGGGAUUCUGCUGGGUUUGUUGGGUGGAGCAUGUGGAAGUGGACAAGAAGAUAGAAAAUUCGAUAGAGGAUCUCGCAGAUGCUAUGAGUCAAACCAACUAUGGAGCAGAAAGAUGGCUUUCCGCACUUGAAAGAAUGAGUUUCAGAUUUGUUUAG